CGGCUGACCUGAACGCAUGCGGUUAAGUCGAGGUGCAUGAGAUUUCGACCACCUUCCUCUGUGCUCAGGGCUAUAAAUCCUUCAUCUGUGAAUCUGCGGCAGUGGGCCAGACUCAGAGUAAAGAGAAUCUGUGUUACAUCAAAACCAACACAGCUGCCCAUUAGACAGCAGACUGAAGACUUCCAUCACAGAUUCCUGCUUUGACUCUAGUUUCUGUAGCUGAAAAUAAACCCCCUGCAGUGUUCAGGAUGCGCGUGAUCUCACCAAUCUUUUUAGCCUUUGUGGCUCUUUCGCUGCUCCCGUCCAUCGAGUCAAAGAGACCAGGGAAGGGCAGAGGACUUAAAAGUGCGAGGCAGAAACUUACACGCGAAAGGUCAAGGAUGAAGGCUCUGCGGCGUCAGAGCAGAUCAGGCUUUUCUGGGGUUGUUAUACCAAACUGCUCAGAGAUGACUCAAUCUGGAGAAAUAUAUCUGGAUUGUCAGGACCAAAGUCUCACUUCCAUCCCCAUGGCAAGCACCUGGUCCAGAGUACCUAACCAUCUCCUUCUGGCCCGCAACCAAAUUAAAGCGCUCCGCAGUGGAUCCUUCCUUGGAUAUGAACGCUUAUCCAGUCUGGAUCUUCAACAGAAUCAGAUCUCACAGGUGGAGGAAGACGCUUUUCAGGGUCUAACUCACCUAACCACCCUGCUGCUGCAACACAACCAACUGAGAACGCUCAGCGAAGAGGCGCUCAUCCCAAUGCCAAAACUUCACUAUCUGCGUCUCUAUGACAAUCCCUGGAAAUGUCUCUGUCCAAUGGAAAGCCUCAUACGCACUCUUCAAGUCCCAAGCAACCGUAACCUAGGAAACCAUGCCAAGUGUGCAGAACCGGUCAGCCUUAAGGACAGGAAGCUGAAGCAGAUUAAUCCUGACUUACUGUGUGAGGAAUUCGGCCCAAACGUCAACGUCACUCAAACUGUAGAGCCCAAUCCGAUCCGCGGCAAAUUAGAUGCCACCGCGCUGUGCCACACUUACCUUUUCCCCGUCACAUGGAUGGACUGCAGGAACCGAGGUCUAACGGAGGUGCCUUCAGGUAUUCCAGACAAUGUUGUUCGGGUCGAUCUGUCCCUUAAUAAAAUCCAUCAUCUCAAACCCAGAGAUUUCCAAGGAGCAAAAAGCCUCAGAAUCCUAAACCUCAGCAGCAACGACAUGCAGCGGAUCGACACAGGGUCCCUGUCUGGGCUUUUACACCUUCAAGAGCUGGACCUGUCAUCCAACCAGCUGCAUUUUGUUCAGUAUGGAGUUCUUGAAGAUUUGUACUUUUUGUCCAAGCUAAAACUAGGAGGAAACCCUUGGAUGUGUGACUACAAUAUACACUACAUGGUGUACUGGCUACGUCUGCAUCCAGGGGUGAAGUACUCUGGCCUGUUGUGCCAAUCUCCUCUACAAUAUAUUGGGGAGAGAGUGGAGGACUAUGUGCAUUCCUACAACAGAGACUGUCCUAAGGACAGACAGCUCAGCAAACCGGAUCAAAACCAAAGGGACGCCGAGCUUUGGGACUCACCAAUGGAACUACAAGGAGCAGUAGAAGAAGAAGAGUUGGAGCCGAGCCAUCUGAGAGCGCCACAAAAAUACCAGAUCUUCCGACUGGCCUGACUCAAGUGAUUUGUUUUUAAUAAAGACUUUUUUCUCACUUUCUGUCAAUACAGUACAACAGUUUGCAUCAGAUUGCUAUGUUGCAUUUUGAUUUUUCCUUUUUACAGUUUGUCAGCUAAUUCAUAAUAUAAACAGUCCCACUGCGGCUGGUUUGACUUUAGCAUUUUAAACAGCACGGCUAACUUUUGAUCGCCUAUGGAUAUUGGCACAAGUAAAAGACAUAAGAAGCCAUAAAUAAAGAAAUUAAAACUCACUGAUAUAUUUUAAGCUGGACCAUUUUGUCGUCUGGCAGCCACGCAGGUUCAGGUGGGUCACAAAGGGCCGGUAGCUCUUCAGUAUUUUCUGCACGAUAGCGUCUGUUACCCAGUCUUUCCCCACCGAGAAGUCAAUCUAGCAGAAACAAAAACACUUUAGGCAUAAACCUUUACCACUGUGCUAAUAGUAUUUAACCUACUUCAGCUUUUUCAGAUUAUGUAACAGUAUAAAAACAAUGUAAUUUACAGAUAUUUCCAGAUAGAACAACACAACUAAACAUGAAGUUCAAGGGGAGAUUUAUAUGGGUUUGAAUUACUUUAUAAAUAAAAAGCUGAAAUGCAUCGCCGUCAUAUGUGUGCAGCUCCCCGAGUAAACUUUGUGUAGAGUCACCAUUUUCUGCACUUCAUACUGAUGUCUCUAUCAGGUUUGCACAUCUAGAGAAAUACAUUUAUGCUCAUUCUUCUUUGUAAAAUAGCUCAAGCUCAUUCAGUUUAAUUUACUUGCUCAGAUUCUUAGUUGGAUUUCAGUCUAGACUUUGACUGUGGCUUUUUAAUGGACAAAUAUACUUUAAUCUGACCCAUUAUUUUGUAGCUCUAUGUUUUAAAAAAAAACAACAUAGAGCUACAAAACUAUGGAAACCUUCAAGGAAACCUGUUAGAGGUUCAAGAAUUGUGCUCCAUUUAGCCCCAUCCAUCUUGAUAUCAAGACAUACCAGCUUCCAUGCCCCUGCUAAAGAAAAAUAUUCUCUUGCUACCAGCAUGUUUUACUAUGACUACUGCCUGUUUAGGGCAAUGUGUGAUUUUGUUCAGCAUGCAGGACAGAAAGUUAUAUUUUGGUCUCAUCUGACCACAGCGUGUUCUUCCACACCUGUAGAGUCCUCAACAUGGCUGAUAGGUCUUCUUGUUGCUGUCUCUGAUAAAUGCUCUUCUCCCCUUGUCUGCUGGUUUAAGAGUUAAACCUUAAACCAAGAUUCGUAGCUGUGCCAUAUUCUUUCUAUUUCCAGAUAAUAGAUUGAAAAGAGCUAUUUAAAUAUUUAAAAUGUUGUAUAUUUUGUUAGCUAACCUUCCUGUCCUGUCUGCUGUGUUCAUUAGCCUUCAUGAUGCUGUUUGCUUUCUAAUGUUCUUCAAUGUACUGUUGUAUUUACAUUGGUAUUAAAUUACAGACAGAAAAAACUAAUCAUCAA